UAUUUGACACUUUAUCAUUCUAUGGGGCACCACCCCAUAGAAACGAUGUCAGUUAAUCGUGCGCUUCUCCCUUAAGUGAUAAGGUGUCAAAUAAUCUUGGAGUAUCAAGUAAUGUUAUGUAAUCCGAAGAGUGAAGCACUUGUUCAGAAAUCAAAGUCUUUAUCUAUAUGUAUUUUUUGUCAAAGUAGAAUAAUGUCAAUCAAUUUACGGAAUUCAACCCCCGACGACCCGAAUACCCUCUCAAACGCUUUUGGUCAUGAGUACAAAAAUGAUUACAGCCCCCACAACUCCAAGUCACACUUUCACGGGUCAAAGUCUGAACACAGCCGGCAUAGCUCGACGUCCCCCACUGGUCGUAACAGCGUUCACAACCAUUUUUCGACUCGGUCGAACUCUAAAAUUCGUGGUAACAGCACAACUGAUCAUGACCAUCAUGACCACCACCACUCCCACUUCCACGGACGAAGGCACAGUCGGCGUCACAGUAGUGCAGACUACCAUCAUGACCCGCAACGCCAAAGCCAUGGUCAUGAACACCACCACCAUCAUCAUCAUGACCAUUCUCACGAUCGGCACUCGCAUCACGAGCACCAUCAUUCGCAUCAUUCCAACGAAUCGGAUAUAUUCUUCAUGAUUCCGAGAGGGGUCCUAGUACAGUAUGGACCAUACACAUUUCAUGGCGUCUGCGACUUUCGAGUUGAGCGUCUGCAAGGCUUGCAAAAAGUUCUGCAAAAAAUGGGAGCCAAAGUGAAAAUGAUUCCAAACACGGACUACGUGAACCGUGUACAUGUUUGGUAUAUGGAUGCUGUAAUUUUUUCUUGCAAAAUUACUGAUUUUCAAUUCGGUGGGGAUGGGGAACUGGAUCCCCUGUGCGUACACGUAGCACGGGCUUUCGAUCACGCGACAAGAAAAUCGAUUCACGGUCUCCGGAACAGAAUUCGACUAGAUGCUCAUGAACAGUUUUCUUCUGCACAUCUCGACCCACAUCUGUACAGCACAGGCCACUCUGCUCACAAGAUUAAGGACGAGGAACACAAUAAGAACAAGGAAGUUUUGGAAAAGAGUAAUACAUCGAAAAUAGCUGACGGUGAUGAGGAGGAUCACGACGAGGAGGAGGAGGAAGAAGAAGAUGAAGACCAAGAAGAUGAAGAUGAAGCUGAUCAGGAAAAGGAGGACAAGUUCCAGGAGGAUCUUUCAACUUUCACUAAUUUCAACUAUGAUGAGAGUUUAGACGAUGAUGACGACGAGAUGCCUGACAAUUACUAAUAUUGUUGCGUUCAAUUAUGUCAUCCA